AUAUUUUUACAUAAGAAAAAUUUUGUUUACCAGUUCAAUUUCAAUCGAAAGUUCAAAUUUUGUUUUUGUGAAUUAUUAAUUUUGAAAUUCCUGUAAAAAUGUUGAAAAAACCGACUCCAUGGCAAAGUAGUUUUAUCGUGGGCUAUGUGGCUGCUAUAUUUAGUGGCUUUUGCAUGGGAUGGAAUGUAGUAGAAAUAGCCGAAAAACGCGAUACACUAUUAAUUCUCGAAAUUGUAUCAUGGGCAAUCACAAUCGUAGGCGCUAUAAUACUUCACAUAGGAGUCAUCAAGGAAACCAAGCUUCCAAUAAUAGUAUGGAUCGUAGUAGCUUUUAUAUGCGGAAUUUUUCUGCUAGUAGUACGGAUUAUACAUUUAUCGAAUAAAUGGGAAGACGCUUCGACUCUUUAUAUCACCAUUAAAAUACUUAUAACUGUGUUACUAGUAGCUCUCACUGUCCUGUAUAUUGUAUGUCCAUAUUUCUACAUUGUUCAGCUCAAUGAAGAGGGAAAAUAAAUAUAUAUAAAAUUGCUUUGUGAAAUAAA